AGUCAAUUGUAACUGGUAAGUCGCAAUUCGCACACAUCACACAAAAAUUAAAAUCAAUUUUCCCUUGAUCCUUCGUAGUGUUCGUGUGUUUGACGUUUGACAGAUAAACUUAAAAAAUAAUCGACCAAAAUUUACUGUUUUUAAAUAAACGUCGGAUUUUAAACUAAAUGAUAUUUUCACAAAUUGGAAAAAUGACACCGGAUAUAAUUGCACUUGGUUCUCAAAAAGUGAAAAGUAUUCCAGGUGGAGAGUCUGUGGAGCUUAAGACUUUUUGGCAGGAUCAAAACGCAGCUAUAAUUUUCUUUCGACGUUGGGGAUGUUUAUUCUGCAGAUUAUGGGCCAAGGAGUUGGGUGAAAUCGCUCCGAUUCUGAAGAAAAAUAAUAUAAAACUCGUCGGUGUUGGUGUUGAAGAAGCGGGUUCCAAGGACUUCAUUGAUGGAAAAUUUUUCGAUGAAGAAUUAUUCUGCGUGGAGGAUCGAUCAACAUAUCAAAUGCUCGGAUUCAAGAGAUUUAAUGUCGUCACGAUAUUGACGUCACUCUUAUGGAAGCAGUCAAGAGAUGCAAUAUCAAAGGGGAAAAGUAUGGGCUUAGGUGGUGAUUUGAAAGGCGAUUGGGUGCAGACAGGUGGCGCGUUGUUCGUUGAAAAAGGCGGGAAAGUUAUCCGCCAUUUUGUUCAAACGGGACCGAGCGAGCAUAUGCCGAAUGAAGAUAUAUUAAAGUUAUUCGGCUUGGAAAACGAGUACAAGGCAGAAACAAUGGCCAAUAAGAAGCGGGACGAGAUGGAGUGCAAUACAGAGGCGAAACCGUAAGCCGUGGCGACAGGCUCUUUUGGAGUGCCCUCUUACUCCUAUACAUAAUAUAUGGGCUGAGAGGCGUUGUAAGCAAAGCAAAGUGUAGAACUGCUACCGUUUAUCUCUUGUUAUAUAAUAUAGUCACUUGUGGGUAGACCAGUUAGGGUAAUGGCGUCUAGACUAUCCUUAUUUACUAUCCAACAUUUCUUCAAUUAUUUAUUUGAAAAAAAAAAAACUAUUUUAAAGAAAAUUGUUAAGUGGCCACAAAAGGCGGACUCACAUAUCGGGCAUAAUAUACAAGAAACGAAUGUUAUUGUCAAUGAGUAAUUCAAAGGCGUCCCAAUUAAACCGUGUCGUCAGUUUCGAAGUAGCAUUAACAAUUCGUGCGAUUUAAUUAGACACCUCGCGCUGAUGACGUAAUAGACGACGGUAACAAACAUGCUAUGGGUACUGAGGGGUCGUGGGGAUGGAAAUUUAGUUAAGUUGCAAUUGUUAUAUGUGACGUAUAAGAACGCACUUUAACGGUUAUUUAAAAUUCAAAAACGAACGGUUACUUAAGUUGCGCAUACAUAAUCCCGUAAGUAAGGCUUGCCGCGCGUAAUGUAUACGCUGCUUUAUGCACAAUAAUGAGCCGUUGAUUAUAGAAACCUGACAUUAAUAUAAGAAUGAUAUUUCCCUCUUACAAUGCAAAUGGUUAGAACUUUUCACCCUCAAGUGACUAUUAUCUUUUAUCUGUUUGUUUGUUUUAAAAAAAAAAGUUAAAUGUACUAUACGGUUUGUGUGAAUCCAAUUAUAUAAUUUUACACACGAGGCCGUAUACACUGUACCAGAGAUCGAUAAAAAAAAAUUGCAUUAUUAAAUUUAACCAAAGAACAUUUGUAUAUGCUUAAAAAAAAUUAUAUGAUUCCAAUUUAUAUUUUAGUCAAAAUUGGAAUAACGUUAAAUUUAAAUUUUAUUAAAUAUGUCAAAAUUUAUUUUGCAUAUUAAAAAUGAACUACAAGAGAAAUCUACUAAAAAUAUUUUUAUUAUAUAUAAUUAUUAAAAUGAAAAAAAAAAGUCUAAUCUUGAGACUGAAUAUAUAAUUCGUAACGAAAUGCAAUAUUGUUUUGUAGUUUAAAAAAUAUUAUAUUAAAAAGUUUAGUGCACAUAUAUUUAUAAAAUUGUUUAUUUAGCAUAAAUAAUGUAAAAACAGAUUAUGCAAUAAUAAAUAUGAAGUAAAUUGUAUAUUAAUGAAUAAUAUUGUAUAACCUGUUACAAGACUGGCGUCAAACCAAGUGGAUUUUAUAGUUUUUUUUUUUUUUUUAAUUGGGUGGAGGUGGAAUGUUGUAAGUAGUAUUUAAAAGCUGUUUUUAAUGUUAUAUAACAGAUAUUUUACUUUGUUACUCUUUUAUAUAGUUAUGAAAAAAAUAAUAAAAUGUUUUUAUAUUACA